GUGAUAACAUGCUGACAUGAGUUGCUCAAGGUUUCAGUUUGAGACAAAAGGACAGAUGACACCUAUUUUAGAAGGAACUAAAGCUCUGGACUCUGGUGCUUACUAUGGCAGGUAGGGUUAUGCGUUGGACUAUUACGGAUGAUUGAGCUGUUUUACAUCAGGACCUGUCUGCAUACUGGACACCAUGAAGACUGUAGGACUUUUGGUGCUUGUUGUUGCUGUGUUUGUUGAUAAAGGUGCCACAUGCAGUGUCUCGAGUCCACAAUGUUACAAAAAUACCACUAAGCCAGAUGAUGAUUUCUUGUGUGAAUGGGGGGACCGAGACCAUUCUCCAGAAGCUAUUUAUACCAUUUUUAUGCAGAGUUCAUCUGUUAAUGAUUCCUCAUAUGCUAACCAGUUCACUGCUGGGAAACAGCUGUCCAAAGUGCUAGCUGUAGAAGAUCUAAUUACAACACGUCUUUUGGACAUAUGGGUGCACAGGCAAGUAUUCAACGUGACCUGCACCUCCCCAACCAUCUCUGUGUUCCUGAGUAAUUCAGUUAAAUAUAGCUCACCCGCUAUACGGAAAAAGAUACGCUCAGGUGAAAAGCUCAUAUUAAGCUGGCCAAGAGUGAAUGACAACAAAGGUGCUAUUUAUGAGAUCAGAUGGAAGAAGAUUAAUGAUUCAUGGCAGAAUAAAACCUUUAAGACUGAGGAUGGAAAAAAUAAUGGUAAUUGGGACUCCUAUACAUUGCAGCUACAGGAGCAUGCAGUGUACCAGGUCCAAAUUCGACGCAAGGCCAAGCAAAGCCUCCUCUGGAGUGACUGGAGCCAGACUGCUGACAUUCCCAUUGAAAUUCAACAGCCUGUUGUCCACUUGAGAGAAAAAAAAGAUACAGGAAAACGGGAAAUCACACUCAAAUGGAAUAAACCACCUCCUGAAGCCUCUUUUGGAGGCGUCUCGUACGAAUUGACUGUGAAUUUACCUUGUGAAAAAACAAAAAAGCAAAACAUUACGGGUAACACUUUUAAAAUUGCAGCUACUUAUUCUGAAGCCAGGGUGUCUAUUGUUGCUAUAAACAACGUAGGAAGCUCGCCCUCUAAAGAGAUCAUCAUUCCACCUGUUGAACAUCUCAAAUACUGCCACAGCAAUUCCCACACAGAUUCACUACGAAAACCUAAACACUACUGCUUGGAGUGGUAUAAGCUCGUAGAUGGUGAGACCCGGCCAGCAAAAGUAAACACCUCAAGAUCUAAUACACUUGAGGACAUCAAAAAGGGUAUGGAGAAAUUUGUGCGUUAUUACUACUUUCUUCACACUGGCCGAAAAAAACAACGACGCACAAAAAUUGCAUGUCCUGUUUAUUCUACAGAAGGUGCACCUACUUCACAGCCAAAAAAUGUCACCGUUUUAAAUAUCACAUGUGAUUCAGCUGUGCUGUGGUGGCAAUCAAUUCCAAUGCAGGAACAGCAUGGGUUCAUGCUGCAUUACUUAAUAUGGAUUUCAAAAGAAGGCCACACAGAUACAGGUUACUAUCAAGUGCCACCAAACAAAACCAGUUUCCUUCUCAGGAACCUUGAUGCAGGCUCCUCGUACACAAUCAGUAUCGCUGGGAGAACUACAGUCGGAGCGGGGCCUAAUUCUACCAGGGCCUUCUUCACGUGCAACUACCCUUCAUUAGUCAAUAUUGUAAAGCAGGGCGGUAACGGGUUGAAGAUGGCCAAGAUCGUCUUAAUCGUGUGUUCAGUUGUGUUUCUAUUUUCAGUUGCAUUGUCUGUUGCUAUCAGAAGGCUAAGGAGUAAGCUGUUACCAAUAAUCCCAAAUCCUGUGAUUUCUGCAGCAACUAUGCCUCAUAUGGACAACCAGAAUUUGAAGACCGUGACAGAGGAGGUGGACGAUGUCAUUCUCUUGCGCCGUGAUGAUCUGGUUAAACACGGCUGCUCUCCCAAACAGAAACACAGUACUUCAUUAAAAGAUUAUGAGGUCAGUGUGGAUGAAGACGAGGAAGAUGAAGACGAAGAGGAUGAUGAAGAAACUCAUUUUACUGGCUUAAUCUGUAGUGAUAAACCAAGUUCCUUUCCAAACCCUAAUUAUAAAGGACAGUUGCUUCAGUUUCCUGAGUUCCUGGAGCUCACAGACAAAGGGCAGAUGGAAAACUGCGAGGUCAGCAUAACCUCAUAUAAAAAUGGCCUGUUUUUUGAAAAUAGAGGUUUGGACAAUGAGGGGAUAUCAGUGCAAUCAUAACACAUAGUUUACCGGAAGCAUUAUUGAAGCACUAUGAUCUGCCCAUGGUAGAAACACCACUGUGUGAUACUAAAUGGCAGAAUAAAUAGUCCACGUUUGUUCACUCUACAAAAUCACUCAGGAACGCUCUUGUCUUCUGACAGCACUUGGACAACAAUGCAGAUACGCACUGUGUGUGUUUGUGUGGCUAUAUCUCCAAGUGCUCUCGUUUGUGGUGAUGCAUGACCUACAUCGCUUGUAGUUUUGUAGAUCACUUGGAAUUUGCUUUGGAUAAAAACAUCAUCCAAAUCAAUAAAUGUAAAUGACUUACAUUUGUAAGUAAAAAUAUAAUAAGGUCCAUAUGUUGGAAAAUAUAUGAACUAUUCUAAGACAUGAUGCAGUUCAAGUUACCAGUACUGAGUAAAUUUGAAAAAUCAACACAAAUCAAACAAACAAAAAAAAGUUUUGUAUGUCUCCAUAUUUGUUUUUUACUUUGUUGCCUAUCAUGUGAUGCUGGAAAUAACCAGGUUCUGAGAAAUGUUCUGACAGCUUCUCAGCAAAAAGUUCAGUUGGUGGUGAUUACUCACUCUAACACCCGGUUGUGGUCACAGGUAUGUGCUUACUGUUCAGUCUGUGAGUAAAAUGGCUAAACUUCAAAGGGAAAAACAUAAAGUGCAUGAGAUUACAUUUGAAUGGGGGGAAAAAAGACAUUUAACUCUACAAUAAAAAUAAUCUCUAUAUUAGCAACAGCGUAACUGAAACUAACUGUACUGUACUGAAAAUCUGUUAAGUAGCACUGAUCUCCCCACAGAUCAGAUAAGAAUCAAGGAAAUGAAUGAACUGCAUCUGAUGUUGGAUGUAGUGGUUUAACCAUAGUUUCAGUGUUACAUGUGUCAGGAACCAGUAAAUAAAAAUGUGAUUGAUGUGCUCAUUGUUUACCUACUGUACACCACUGUCCUUUUGAAUUCUCGAAUCUGAUUGGUCAAAAGAUGUUGAUUCAUUUCUCUAUAACUUAAUUUUCUUUACAACUGUGAUGCAGUAUUAUUUGAAAGGUUUAUAUUAAUGAGUUCAUUGUAAUAUGUCAUCGUUUUUAUAAUAACAGCUAAUUCACAGAGACUUGUACGGCAGAGGUUCUACAUAAUUAACCCUUUACAUCUCGUACCCUCUGAAACAUGAAUUUUAUCACUACAGUUCUUCUUUCUAGGCUUUUAUUUAUCUUUUUAGCAUGUACCUUAUAUCAUCACAAUCUCAGCAGUUUAUUGUAAACAUGAAAGCAGUAACUUUUAUGAAUGCAUGCCAGAGGUUUAUUUUAUUAUCUCUAGCAGAACCUUAUAGUCUGGGCAUUUAGCUUCCUAAUUUUCUAUAGAAGAAUGAUCGAGUCCUUUCCAAGAAACCGCAAAGCUCAACAUCGUCUCCCCUGAAGACUCUCCAGUGUCAGAAAACGUAAAGGAACAGUUUUAACAGUAAAUUUUUAACUUCACCCUAUCAACAAUUACACAUUUUUU